CUUCACUUGGCGGCACUGACUGAGGAGCAGCUGACCUGAAGCCGCGAUCUCGCACGUCCAACCACCACAGGCAAGAAGUAAAAAAAAACAGCGCAAUAAGGUUACACGAUGUAUCCUGAUAACGCUACAUCCAUGCCGCUCUUCAACUCCUCCCAGAAUGACCCUCUGGCGAAGGCUGGCGGCGCCAAAAUGGACACGCUGUCCAUCAUUUUCUACACACUCAUCAUCCUGCUGGGCAUCCCGGGAAAUUCCAUCGUGAUCUGGGUGGCAGGCUUCAAGCUCAAGCCAAACGUCCUCAACGUGUGGUUGGUCAAUCUGGCCAUCGCAGACCAUAUCUUCUGCACGACCCGAAUCUUUUCCCUGGUGAAGAAGCUCUUACUGGACGACUGGCCCUUCGGCGUCUUCAUCUGCAAGUUCAACGGCUUCUUCAAGUACGCUAACAUGUUUUGCUCCGUCUUCCUACUGGCGGUGAUCAGCGUGGACCGAGCGGUCUGCGUCUGGCGGCCGGUCUUUACCAGGCGCUACCGCACCGUGUGGGCCGCCAAGGUGGUGGCCGUGUGCGUGUGGGCGGCUGCCGUCCUCUUCAGCGCACCGUACUUCUUCUACCGCCAGAAGUGCUCGGUGAAGGACGUGCAGGACAAACACACCAAAAUGGUGCUCUACUUCAUCCGCUUCGUGUGCGGCUUCCUGGUGCCCUUCCUGGUCAUCUUCUGCUGUUACAUCUUGGCCGGGGUGGGCAUCCGGCGCACCCAGUUCUCAGGGAAGUCCCGCCCCCUGCGCAUAGCGGCCCUGCUGGUCGUCGCGUUCUUCCUGUGCUGGGCGCCGUACCACGGCCUAAUGCUGCUCAGGAUGGUGGACAGCUCCAGUCAUGUGGUGAAGGUCUGUCUCUCCACGGCGAAGGGCAUGGCCUACUUCAACAGCUGCGUCAACCCGCUCCUCUACUUCUUUGUGGGGCUGAAGUUGAGAGGGCGGUCCAGGCAGUCCCUGGAGGGGGUGUACAGGAGCGCGCUGGCCGACGACGUAGCGAGCCAAACCAAAGAAGACUCAUUGGAGGGAGGGGCCUUGGCUGAAUGCUAACGUAAUGCUUUAAAACAGAGACGUGACCUCUACUGCUAUACUUUGCUCCAAUUUUUUAACCUUAAUAUUCUGCUCAACAAGCAAACAGACCUUGAUGUGAAAUUUGCUUAAAACCAAUAAUGAAUAUUUCUCAUACUGUCGUCCCUCCCUCGGCACUUUGAAGUUUGCGGUUUUUCAAAAGAUAUUACUCUACUUUAGAAAUCAGCGCUGUUUCAGGGUUGACUACGGCCUAUUAUUUGUCAAAAAAUUUGAAAAUUUUACAUAUUUGUUGCCUAAAUCUAGCAUUUAAGCAUAAAAAUUGCCAAAUGAACUAAAAUAUGACUAUAAGGCAUCCAAAAGAUGCAUUCAAGUCAUGUAUGUUUUUGAUAUGUAGUAUCCUACACUGGUCACUAGGUGUCAGUAAUGUUACACUGACGAGACAAUAGCCUCUGCAGGAAGUAUGUGGGACUCUCCCAAAGUAUGUCUUAAUGCAGGGGUGUCCAAACUUUUAUUUAUUGAGGACCAAAUACAGAAAAAUAAAUAAAUGCAGGGGCGCACAUUAGUGGUGGCUUUUCUAACUUGCCUAUAAGUCAAUGAAUAGAUAACAGAUACUAGAUAUAUGCAUACAUCUAUUAUGCUGUCUGUCUAGCAAUAAUGCCGUACUGUUUUUUACGAUAUAAUAAUUAGUAUUUUACAAUUAUUGUUUUGUUUUUUCCAAAGGAGGAAUAUGGAACAAUAGACAAAUUGAAUUACAUAAAGUGUAUGCAUGAAAGUAUCAAAUUCAUUCAUAAUUGAUUUUAUGAAUCCAUUUACUUAAACACAUAAUUUACAUUCACCGAACCCAGAAUGUAAACAAAGAAUUGCUGACAUGUCAUCAUAAAUAAUGAGCUCAGCCUGCGGUGCUGCUCUGAUCAUGAUGGCUCUUGUAGACGUGACACUGCACAGAUAUGAACUUCCAUGCCUGUCGCCAUCUGGUGUUCAAACUCAGAAGUGCAACAGAGUUGAUCUCAAGCUUCUUGUGCGGGCCACAUUUACAGUACUUAUACAGGUAUAGUCAGAAUUCGCCGCGGGCCAAUAAAAAUUGCUGUAGUUUGGACACCCCUGUCUUAAUGGGUUAAUGAUGUUUUAAAAAAAAAACUCUUUAAAAAGGUUGUAAACAGGUUUUGUAUUCUUCAACUACGAAAAUACAGUAGAGAAUGCUUUUUCACCUCACGUUGCACAAAAAACAAUCGAUGUAAGCGAUCUCAUUUCUAAAUUAGAGAUGCACAAUAAUUAUCGGACCAUCAAUUAUCAGGCUGAAAAGAGGGAAUUAUGACAUCAUACCGAUAAAUCCAAUAACAUUAAAAAUAGCUCUGAUAACUGAUCUUUUUAAAAAAAAAAAAAAAAAGCUCCAAUGAGGCGAGGUUACUCGUCCUGUGCAGGUCAGCAAAUCAAGAGCUUUUUUUCCUCCUGCCUGUGACGUUAACUGCUCUGCGAUGAGGGGAAAAAAAAGCACACAAAAAAAUGUUAUCAGCCACCUGAAACGCCAGCGCCACGGCAUUUGAAAAAGGUUUGCCAGAGACCUCCGUGGUGUCACUUCGGCUGCUCUGAGCGUGUGCCCAAAUACAGUGCACCUUGCAAAAACAGUGUGUAUCUGCAGUAAAAACGUAUAGUGAUGUAAUUUUAAAGUGGUUGUACUUCUUUCUGCAUGGCUCACAAGCACACGCCGUCUCCAUAAGAGCAAUUUCCAUCGUGAGCGCUCAUCAUUUGGCGUGUCUGCAACGUGUCAGCAGCGAGCAGGCGGUGCCGGCCAGAGCUCCUAAGGCCGUGACCAGCUGCAGACACACGGCCUGAUCAGAAACAAGCAGAUAACACCAGAAAGAGUUGCAGUGGCAGCAAAAAAACCCAAAAAACAACAGCAGGAUGGUGAGCGCGGUGAUGGCGCCCACUGCUGUGUCCACCAGGUUGAGGUAGCCCGACACAUUGAUGCCCGAAACACCAACGCGAGCACGUGAGCCGGAGUGCGAGUCGGGGCAACUUUUUAAAAACUCCUUUCUUCACAUGCACUCUUCUUCUUCUUUGGUGCCGCUUUGCCUUUGCUUUCUUUUCUUUCUCCAAAAGCUUUCUCUUCUCUAAAAGCUUUCAGACCUAAGAGCAGCAGAUUGCCUGGACGAGAAAACGUGCUUGAAGACGGGGUAAAUACACAGAGAGCAAACGGUCGAGGUGUUUCCACCAUGCCGAUCCGACUAAAAGCCCAAAAAAUCUUUUUUCUCAAAUUUUAUAGGCGGACCAUCGUGGUGUCUCAGAUUUAUGAGACGGAAAGCACCAUCCACCAGGGCACGCACGACAUGUUAAACGCACUAUCUGGCACUUCUUAACUAGCCGUGUACUGUUUAUGUAGCCGUGAUGCAAGCACUGUUUGGAAAAAAACAGAUUUGAUUAAAAAUUGUAAAAAUCUUUCUGCGUAAUGUCUUUCUGUGCACUAAAUAUCCCAUUUUAUGCCAUGGACGCCUGCGGCUUAUAGUCCGGUGCGGCUUAUAUGUAAAAAAAUCUUUUUUUUACUCCCUAAAUUUAGUG